AUGGUCAAAAAUAUUCCGAACAAAAUGACCGACAAGGAGCUGAUCACGUACAUCAACAAAGUUUGUCCUCGGAAAAUUGAUUUUCUGUACCUGAGGAUGGAUUUCCAGAACGGAUGCAACGUUGGCUACGCCUUUGUCAAUUUCAUAUCGGUCCAGGAUUUGUUACGUUUUGCAAAGGCCCGCCUGAAUGAGAAGUGGAACAUUUACUCGAGUGAGAAAGUGCUUCAGAUGAGCUAUGCGAACUAUCAGGGAAAGGAAGCCCUCGUGGAGAAGUUCAAGAAUUCAUGUAUUAUGGAUGAGCGUGAGGAAUGGCGUCCGAAGAUUUUUUACUCCGAACCCGGGCCGAAUCAGGGACUUCCAGAGGAGUUCCCGAAGCCCACCCAUAUCCGGAGGAAAGAGCGCAGCUCGUACAACCGUGGGACUCUGUACCCUCCUGGUGUUAGCACCGGCGGAGGUCACUACAGGUAUCUCAACGCCGGAAACGUCAGCAACGUUGCCAACGCUAGCUCGCGACAACAACCACGUGAGUCCGGCGAGGACAGACGGCGUCGACGUGGUGCUGAGAGUGUCCCUUUCCCCUCCAUGGUUGGGGUUGAGGUUGAGGAUACCACGCGAGCUUGA